UCUCUCUCUUCACACCUCGGGCUGCCUCACAGCCUUCACGACAGGCGUCAAUGACCGGCGGGGCACUACAGUCUGGCAAGGCUGCGUGUACAAACGUCCAGUCAGCGAGUGACGGUGCUGGAAUGGCCGUGCUCUGAGGUGCAAAGGUCCGGACGAUCUCAGCAAGUAUUUCGAGAUGGCGUCUCUCGUUCACUGCGUGUUGACAGCCGCUCGGCAGAGGACAUCCGCACAGCUCACAAGCUUCGGUGGGAUCACGUCGAAAGUGGCCUGCCGGCUGUUGAGUUCAGCCAUCGACCUUCAACAGGGUGCCCAGCAUCUGUGCCCGAGUCCUGAAGCCCGGAGGACGGCCUGGCAUGGCUGGAGAUCCCUGUCGACGAGCCCCUCCAAGUGCGGCUUAUUUGGGAAGUCCUCGGGGGGCCAGGAGCCCCAGACUUUGGACGACGUGGUGAGCCUCCUAAAACACGGGGACUGCAAAAGGGUCAUCGUGAUGGCGGGCGCCGGCAUCAGCACCCCGAGUGGAAUCCCAGACUUCAGGUCCCCCGGCAGCGGCUUAUAUGACAACCUUCAGCAGUACGACAUCCCGUACCCUGAGGCCAUCUUCGACAUUCACUACUUUCACCAGAACCCCAGGCCCUUCUUCACCCUGGCAAAGGAGCUUUACCCGGGCAACUACCUGCCCAACAGUGCCCAUUACUUCGUCCGACUCCUGCACAUGAAGGGGCUGCUGCAGCGCAUGUACACCCAGAACAUCGACGGACUUGAGCGAUUGGCCGGCGUGCCCCCAGACAAACUGGUCGAGGCCCAUGGGACAUUUGCUUCAGCCACCUGCACCACGUGCCGAAAGUCGUACGCUGGAGAAGACCUGAAGGCCGACAUCUUUGCGGACCACGUCCCAAAGUGUGCCACCUGCAGAGGGGUCAUCAAGCCGGACAUCGUGUUCUUCGGAGAGGAGCUCCCCCAGCGCUUCCUGCUCUUUCUGACCGACUUCCCCUUGGCUGACCUGCUUAUCAUCAUGGGCACGUCCCUGGAGGUUGAACCUUUCGCCAGCCUAGCGGGUUCGGUGCGGAGCUCAGUCACCCGUGUCCUCAUCAACCGGGACGCCGUCGGACCCUUCGCUUCGCCCUCGCGCCGCUUCAACGACGUGCUGGAGCUGGGGGACGUGAUCGGCGGCGUGGAGAAGUGCGUCUACAAGCUGGGCUGGAAGGCCGAACUCGACGAGUUGAUGGCGGCUGAAAUGAAGAAGCUCAAGAACUAAAAGCACAGAGCCGAUCCGAGCCACGGGGACUUUGGUGAAGUGACGGGGGUCUGGAAACCUGACGGCGGGCUGGCAACGGAGGACUGAAGAACCACGGCGGCUGACCCCAAAUGGGAGAGCCCCCAUUCAGUGUCCAUAUGUGCGGCAGUACAGCGCCCCCUAGGGGGUCACACCAGCCCAAAGGAGCUUAAAGGGGACAAAACACAAUAAAACAUCAUGGGGUCUUUGGA